CCCGCGGAAAGACAUCUUUAUUCGUUACUGCAGCGUGCCCUAUAAACUUAUUUAAUACAUGGUAUUUUAACUCUGCUUUAUAAUUUAUAAUGUAAUUGCAAGUGUUGCACAUAAAUAUACUUUAUGUGACUUUUUUCAACACAGCUUAUUUAAAUCAUAGUAAUACUAUUCGUGGAAAUUACACAUAGGUUUUUACUCAUAUUUCUACGAUCUUACUUUAGUUAGUGUUUCACGGAACAGUUUGGGAAACAUUGAGUUAUUGGCCAAUAGAAUCACGUGAUUUGGGACUUUCCCAUGGAGUUGGUGCUUUCCAGAAUUCUGUGGAAUUGGUAUUUGAUUUUAAAACAUUAAUUCUUGUGAAUUGCUGUUUUCCUUGACAUUUGUUAUGGACGUAAGAUAAUUAUUCGUUUAUAACUUAACGAUCUUUGUUUAUAGACAUUACAAAACAUUAUCCAAAAUGGUGGACUCCAUAGCGACCUACUUUUGAGUUAUUCAACCCUUCCACCUCAACAACAUGGACGAAAAAGAACAGGCUGACCGUAUGGCCGCAGCAGAGGCCCUUUUUAUGAUCUCAACUCGUGUUGAUAAGACCAGACCAAUUUCUAAGAGAGGCAGAAAAAAAUUGAAUACUGCUCCAAAUGUAGAUACUCAUUUUAAAAGGGUCGAUAAAGAAAUAGUAGAGCCGACCCCUGUUCGAAGAGGCCGCGGUAGAGGUGUUCGUAAUACUGGAGUCAAAAGAGGGCGAGGGGGGAAGAGUAGAUCGAAUUCUAGUAGGGGUAAGGGUACGGGCAGCGGGAGGGGAAGAAAAGCACAUUUUGAAGAGGAUUUUGAAGACGAGUUAGAUCUAUCUGAUAAGAAGCCUGCAUUGAAAUAUAAUGAACGACGCACCCGUCGAAGCUCUAACUCCAAAGAUCUUGACAACAACGACGAAGAAAACUCCAAUAGCUAUAAAUCCAAAUCUCAAGCAGAUCAUCGUAGAACCUCCCUGUCUCCAAAAAACACCACAAAACUAUUCACACCAUCAGUCUCUCGAAUUGACACCCCCAAGUCUCAUCAUGCUAUUGGUUUUACUGGUGCUGCAAUCUCCAUACCUGAAAUUCCUGUGCGAAGAAUCUCAGUAAUUGAACAGCAGCAAAAUACAAGUCAUAUGCCAGUCUCCAGCCCAAAACAGCUUCACAGUGGCCUGCCGUCAAGGACCAUGCCAGUGUCAUCAUCAGUGUCAAAUCUGCCGUCCAUGAACCUGACGUCUUUCACCACAGAGGAUGUGGCCAACUUGCCUUCCAUUCCACUUGAGAUAGCUUCUCUUCAUCUCUCAUCUCAGCCAAUACCAAAUCUUUCAUCACUGGGGGAUAUUACGUCUGAGGGGGUGAUGGAAGAUGAUGAUGCCAGUGACAGGGAAAAGUCUGAAAAGUUUCUGCCAUUAAAAAAAAGAAAGCUACAUAAACCUGUGACUGUAAAUACAAGAGAUCUGCCCAGCUCAACCCAAGAACCUCUGUCUCACUCGGAUUCUGAAGAGAGAGAUGAAAUGGGUCAGUCUCCAUCAGACAGGUACGAGGCUACCUCAUCGCCAGCAGAACCUGUGCGCGCUUCCUUCACUGUGCAGGCAUCACCUGCUAUCACCCUGCAGACACUCUUGGAAAUCAAAACUGCUUUGACAGCUGACGACGAUGGUGACUUACCUCUUCACAUUGCUGUGGUCCAUGAGAACAUGAGGAUGGUGAUCAAGCUGAUCAACCUGAUGGCUAUAGCAGGCAAGGGAGUGGACAAGUUUAACAAGCAGCAGCAGACACCGCUGCACCUAGCUGUGAAAUUGGAUUUUUUGGAGGCGGUGGACAUUUUGAUCAGGUCUGGUGCCAAUGUGAACGCUGUUGACUGCACGGGUUCCUCGUCCAUCCAUAUGGCAGUGCAGGGCAGGUCAACCAAAUGUCUGCAAGUGCUGCUAGAGAAGUGUCCCACAGCUGAGCUUAAUGCUCGCAACUUUGAUGGCUUGACACCUCUUCACACAGCAGUAGACAAUGGAGAUCUGGACCAGGUUGAACUAUUACUUAAAUAUGGCGCUGAUAUUGACGUAACAGAUGGUAAGAGUGGGAGAACUUCCUUGUUCCGGGCAGCUGAAUCCAAUGAGAAGGCCAUGGUGGAGCUACUGCUGAAGAACGGGGCCAACCCUGACGUGCCCAACUACGCAGGGGUCACCACUGUCAUGGCAGCGCAGGGGAGAAACCUGCAUGGAGUUCUCAAGCUUUUGGGAUCUGUUUCAACUGACAGGUUCUCUGAGGUGGAGACCAAGCCAUUCAUGUCUCCCAUCAGGGCGGAGAGCCCUCUACUGAGGGGAGGGAACUUGUAUCAACAAAACACAGAAACUAAAAGAGCUUUGGACAAAAGUGAUGAGACUAAAGUGUUUCACAAUGUAUUUCUUGUCUCACAUAAAAACGAGGAGCUGGACCGACAAGACAACAGAUCCUGGAGAAUCAAAUGCCGGUCAGAACCUGCCUCGCCUGAUGUUAAAAUGGAGGUUAUGGAGGAGAGUGAAGGGGAGAGGGGGCUGCUGUCCCUCCCAGAGGGUAUCCUGCCCCGGGGGGGCUCGUCCAGUCCAGGCAUGCCCCAGCGCCAUCCACUGAAUGUUGACUACAGACACAAACUGACCAGCCACCCAGAGCGCAAGGUCCUCAACUAUUCCAAGGAUGGUAACAGGCUAGAGCUUCAGACUGUCCAGCCAGUCAAGUACCAGCCUGUCACGUCCAGCAACCCCGCGGCUGGGGUCGACACCAAAGCCUUGACCAGUAACCAGGCGCGGCUGUACAAAAAACUUCUAGAGAUGUACAACAUUGACCCCAAUGGGCCUGCCCCACCCCUCACAACAACGACAUUACCGUCUUCUCAAGCCUCAGCGCCAGUCAAUAGCCCUGGCUUCUACACUGGACAAACCUACCAGCAGAAAAUUGCUACGCUUGCCCAUUCCCCUGUUGUAUCAACUGCACCAAAUGGACUUCCUUUUGUUUCUUCUUCAUAUACAUCGCCACCAAACACACCCCUCAACCUGACUAAAUCAUCAACUCACCCUGACCCUCUGACUGUUCACAACCAAAAUAGCCUCAGACCUCCGGAUCCAGCGCUAAAAAAAGUUGCCUCUUUUCAAAAUAUCCCCGCGGGCCAGGGUGUGAUAUCUUUUCGUCGAGUAGCCUCAGACACGCCUUCUAGAAACUCUGAGAGCCCCGGGGCGAAGUACGAGAUGAUUCUGUUACCACAGCAUGGCACAGCGCAGCCUUCCACGUCUCACAACACCUCAACCAUCAGCUCUCUGACAGCCAGUAAAGACCUCAGAGUUGUUUGUCUUUCUCAGGAAAACUUAAAACAAAAUCCACAUCAGCUCGCCGUGCCCAUCUCUGUACCUAACGUUUCUGUGAACUCUAAAAUAGCAUCGCUGAUGAAAGAUAGCCUUUCAAAGCGUAACCUUGUCCAGGUUUCGUCAGAAGACUCAGUUCCGCAGGGGAUGGAUGGGUUGCCAGUUGUGUACAGUCUCCCUGCUGACAAGCAAGCUGGAAAAUCUUACAAGACAUUUUCAAAUAUGGUCAGUAUAGCUAGGGAUAGUCAGGAGACUGUGGACUCUACUGUAUCUACAGUCAGAGCAGACUCCGCCCCUAGGUCAAGCCCCAUCUUCUUACAUCAGGGACAAGAGAUUGAUUUGAGCGGUCAACAGGGAAAUUACCAGACCAUCUUUACAUCCAGUGGCCAGCAGAGUAACUACCAGACCAUCUUUACCUCGCGCAUCAUCCCUGCUAGGCCUGAACAAAACACUUCAUCAAAAGGCCAGGCGGACACGAGCCAGGGUAAGAUUGUGGGCUUCAGUGGGGCCAUUUUGUCUGUUGUGCCUUCAAAGAAAGAGAAGCAGGAGGGUGUUGUGAGUGAGAAGACUGAGCUCAAGGAAACUGUGCAGAAGGAGUUCAAGAAGAGGGGGAGAAAAAGCCAGAAGCAGCUUGAGUCUCAUCCCACUGAGGCUAAUUUAAGUAAAAUUAAUUCUGUGACUGAUGAAAAGUUGAAGAAGUUUUUGGGUGCAAAAAAAAGUGAAGGUGUGAGUGGUCAUUUUGUGAAGGAGGAAGAGGAGAAGGUGGUCAGUGAGUUCCAGCCGGUCUACAGCACUGGCAGGUCAAAGGACUCCACCUACAGGACCGUCGGCAUUUUCUCAGGCGACGUCCAGCAUGUCAGGAUAGGGAGGAUGUUUUCAUCCUCCCCACUGCCCCUCCCCGCCACACCUGCAUCCUCCUCACCUGUCACAAGAACUACAGACACAAAGUUCCCCCAGUCACCAGCUAGCAACUACCCCCAGUCCAGCCAGUCUCCGCGUCUGGUUGUUAUGCAGCAACCUGUCCACCCAACGUCCCCGCCCACCAUCUCAGUCAAUGAUGUCACGUCUGGUCCCACCAUCUCAGAAUCUCACAAGUACCACCAGACUCACACAAAACACAAAUCAGCUGAGAAUCUUCCAGAACAAAGCCAGGAGAGUGGAGCCAGAGUCUCACAGCCUAGGGAAGCCCCUCACUCUGAGCUUGUGAACAUCCCACCAAGUCAUAGUGCCGGCCAGCAGAGUCAGGUGCCUGGGGAAUCUCAGGACACCCAACCCACCCCUCCUGUGGUUAAGGUCAAACAGCCGCGCGGCAGGAAACCAAAGGUGUUAAAACCUGGGCCUGGUGAACCUGUACAAAAAGUGGGGCCGGCUAAGGUGGACAGGAAGCCAAGGAAAAAGGCCAGCGCCGGGGACAAGCAGCAGGAGGCGCCGUCCAAGAAAGGUAAACAAAGCACCAGGCUAGCUGGCAGGGGAAGGGGGAAAAAGGUAGGCCACGGUAGGACAGAGUCCAGCAUGGAAACAGACACUACUGCAGAUUCUGACCCAGAUAACCUGCUUCAGAUUGUGGAGGAACAGGCUGGGCACAUGAUGGAGACUGUCUGAGACACAUGGUGGAGUCUGUCUGAGACAUAUGAUGGAGACAGUCUAAGGUGCUGGUCACUAGACUGUCUAGAAGUGGGAGACCCAAUGGCCAGUUGAUAAAAACCCACCUGUCUGUUGUGUUCCUGAAUCUCUGAUCAUUUAUCUUCACCUGGGUUAAACAAAUGGGCAUUAAUUUUUUUUAUUUUUUUUUUGAGGAAAACUGAUAGAAGUUUCUGGCUGUAAGUCCACAUUUGUGGAAUAUCCACAUUUUGUGGAAUAUCAUCCAGAUUUUGUCUGGUAAAAGUAGCCAGAAAUAGGAUGCUGGCUUGGAAAUCUAAAUCUAAGAUUGUGAAAAGUGGUUGUGUAAAAUGGCACAGAUAGAGAAAUUGUCUGGCUUAACAAACCAUGAGGUCACUCAGUGCCACCAACCUUUUGCUAGACCUAAACUCUGUUCAUGUUGCCUGGUUACCAUUUGUUGUUUACCGUUGUGAUUCUUGCAUUUAAAAACUACACACAAAUUCAAAGAGGAACAAACCAAAAACUGAUUCUGAUCUCUUUUGGUUGUUUGCACAUGCCAGUCUAGAGGCCAUAUCCCUUAACCCUGCACCACUGUAUACCCUUAUAAUAGUCCAAAUAAGUAAAACUAUCUGAACCUAACCAAAUUAUCAAUGUAUACUUUUCAUAUGAAGUUUUAUACGGUAAUCUUAACAUUUACACAUCUUUUUUUCUAUUAUUUUACACUGAAUUAUUUUCAUCGUAGGAUUUAAAUUUGGCCACUUUCUACCCACAUUAGCCUGUCCAGUUAUGAAUUGUGAUAUACGUAAACCUUGGUCUCUGUCAAACUUUGUUUCCAGCGGUGUAUUCAUCUAGUCUAGGUUGGCUAGCUGUGUUCAAUCUUUUCUUCUUAGAGUAGUCAUUCUACGUCACCCAUCUAUACCAAUGCUUCAGCACACAUCAGUUGUCUUUUAAUUUAUUUAUUAUUCACAAAUCAAGUUAUGAAACUUCAAUAUUCACCUGUUGUUGCUUUUUGAAAAAUAUGAUGCUGGCAAUGUCCUCUACAACUUAAUUAUAUAUAGUUUAGUGUAAAUAAUUUGUAUGUUAACGAGUAGUUCUGUUGUGACUGUUGCCUCAUUGACUUGUAUUGUAAGUGAAGAUGGGUCAGCUACUACUUGAAUCUGUUCAACUUUUUAUUCUAAGGCAAGUUUUUGUGCAAAAGUUGGUGUUAUCAUUUUAUGAUAUGUGAUAUUUUAAAUAAGGGAGUGAACUUAGAUUUGUUCAAGCUAUAGUCAUGGGAGACAACUACAGCUGACAAUGAUAUUCUGUAACAGCUUGGUUGUUGAUUUCAUUGUGUGUAUUUAUUCUCUUUUUUUUUUAAAUAUUAAACAGAAAAAGGGAGGUUAUUUCUGUAUGUAUGAGUUAAAUAUCAAUAAAUAUUUUCUGAAAUAAAA